AUGACAACCAUCACCAACUCCUCGAAGCACUCUUACCUCCAAACUGAUCAUGCUGUCGAUCCCAGGGUCGAAGACGAGCUUCCGCGCUACGCACGCUGGUGCAGGAAGAUACUCGCCGAUACCCACGGCCAAUGGACGCUGCCGGCACCAACACUCUUCGUCUUCCUGCGUAGCUGUUGCCGCUUUGUGCGCCGUGAAGCUCGUCUCCACGGAACUGACGCAGCUUUGGAUCUGAUCAACAAUCGUCCCUUUACUGCUUGGUGGACGGUUGACAGCUGCGCAACCUUGCAUGGACUUGUCAACAUUGAGCGCGAACUGCUGGAACAGGCGAGGUUUGACCAGUUCGAGAAGGAAAGGGCAGCAAUGUGGAUCGCUCCUAGCCAGGGACGAGCACCGUUUGCGACGACGGAGGAUAUCGCCAGGGAUUAA